CGCGGAUUUUGACAGCAGCGUAUUAAGCUAAUUUAAAUUUUGAAUAUCAACAAAGUGCUGUGUUAUGUGUUGGCAUUCUCAUUUCUCGAUAGGAAUUGCAGCAUCAGUAUGGACAGUUAUCCAAACAAGCUUUCAUAUCAUCUGGGCAAUAUGUGGAUAUUAUUUCUACGUUUGUAAAAUCAGACCCAACUAUUAUGGACUCGUAAUCUUAUACCUUACAUAUUUUUAUAAAGGAGAAUGUGGGAAUGUAACUCUCAAAUGUGAUGGGCUACUUGAAUCGGAAAACAGGAAAAAGAUCGGCCUGAGUUCUGUGGAAGAAGAAGAAAAUAUUUACGAUAUUAUACAGACGAUUUUGGACAAAGGUGUCUUGCCCGAAGAAUCAAACGCAGCAUAUCGCACGCAUAUUUAUUUUCAUGCUUUCAUUAUUUCGGACGCUGUCUGGAUUAUUUCUGCAUUCCUACUUUUUGCUGGGACCUGCUUCCAAAUAAAAAAAUGCUUGUCCCUCUUAUUUUACUGCCCUUGGUUAAUAGUAACUUGCUUCGUUAUUCUAUUGGACGUUAUUUCAUCGGUGCAUUUUGGACUGGACAUCUUGACAAUUCAUAAUUUUACCUCUUGGCUCAACUUCAUCGGGGUUCAGAACUAUCAAGAUUUCUCCGAGUACAACAAGCAUAGUUCGUCUUACAUCGUCCCCCUGUUACCGGCGUUGCUACUUUGCACCCUUUUUUCCAGAGGUCUAGUAUUCUGGGUAGGCAAUAUAAUAUUGUUCGUCCAGGUUCUGAACAACGCGGUGUUAGCUUUCCAGGACAAUCUGGAUGGGAACAAUCCAAAACAUCAAUCAAAAAUAGGACGGGCUAAAGGUCUUGGUAAAAACCAAAAUUUGGACACCUCGGCGUCCCGGAUAAGAAACUGGCAACUGUUUUAUGGAGCUGUCGACACGACUAGCAGCAGCUCUUCCAGCAAGUCUAGCGAGCGUGACUUCAAUUCCAACAACACUAUGAGGAGGACUAGUACCAAGGUGAAGAUAAAGGAAGGCAAAACCUUUCCCAGUCCCCCACAAACGCCGGACAGUUCUGAUUCGUACGAGAAAUAUGUUAGGUCGAUUAGAGAUGAGUCUCAGAGGAUGAAACCGAACGCAAGUACGUACUAUCACGCAUAUACUGAUGUCGCCGAGUCCCUCGACCAAAUUCUCGGGAGAAGAACUGAGCCUGAUGGUUCACACAAGAACCAAUUGUCUUGGUCAUAUUUUAAACCCCCGGAUGAAAGAUGUGACAUUGAAUAUAGUUUAAAUGAUCCAGGAGAUUUCAAUCGUUGUGGAAUACCAGUAAAGCCUACUGCAACAUCGAAGCCAUUUAUUAGUACAGAAUUGUAAGGAGUCUAGUGUAAGUGAAUUUAUUAUUUAU